AAGUUAUUUCUGGACAGUCUACGAAAAGCUCUUGCUGGCCAUGGAGGAAGUAGGCAGCUGACAGAAAGUGCUGCAAUUGCCUGUGUCAAACUGUGUAAAGCAAGUACUUACAUCAAUUGGGAAGAUAACUCUGUCAUUUUCCUACUUGUUCAGUCCAUGGUGGUUGAUCUUAAGUAACAUGCUUAUUCUUUCUCUACUACAAACUUUAAGAAAGUUAAAUGAAUUUUCUAGCAUAAGUAUUAUGUCAAAGAUAAUUGCUAACAUUAAAGUUCUGAUUCUUUGUUGAUAAGUUCAUAGGACUUGCUUUUGUUGUUACUGUGUUCAUCAGCCUAAAUGGACUGAGAAUAUGAAGAAAACACCAUUUUCUUAAAUAAGCAUAAAUAUACAGACUUGGGUUUAAAAUAAUGUGGCAAUUAGGGCCUGAAAGGAACCUAUAUAUGGUAUAGGAAGAAUUGUAUCAGACUGAUGAACCACAGUAUGGGUGCUUUGUGCUUCUUCUGGCAGCUGAAUUUUACUGCCAUCUGUGUGGGUAAUGUGUUGAUGUUAUUACAUGUUAGUAAAGAAAUACUGCAUGGGUAUUUAAAGGCCUUUGUUUUCUGUUGGGGUUUUUAUAGAACCUGCUUUUUAAUCCAAGUAAGCCAUUCUCAAGAGGCAGUCAGCCUGCUGAUGUGGAUCUAAAUGAUUGACUGCCUUGUUUCUUGCUUUCGUAUAAGCCCUCACAACAACCAACACUUUAAGAUCUGCCUGGCUCAGAAUUCACCUUCUACAUUUCACUAUGUGCUGGUAAAUUCACUCCAUCAAAUCAUCACCAAUUUGGCAUUGGAUUGGUGGCCUAAGAUUGAUGCUGUGUAUUAUCACUCGGUUGAACUUCGAAAUAUGUUUGGUGAAACACUUCAUAAAGCAGUGCAAGGUUGUGGAGCACACCCAGCAAUACGAAUGGCACCGAUGCCAACCAGUCACUGUUUUGCAUGGCAGUGGGCUUCUGUGGCUGAUUGCUUGGGAGUCUGUGGACACCUGGUUAAGGAUUCCUGUGGAGAGAUAAGUUAACCCAAGGGUUCCAGGAGAUGCAGAUCAAAGACCUCCACACAAGAAAGAGGCCAAACAGUUAGAGCCCAGGACCUGCUGUCAGACCUCCCCAGAUUCAGAUUCUUAUGCCUGCCCCUUAUAAGCUGUAUGACCUCGGACAAGUUCCUUAUUUACUCAGAGCCUGAGUGUCCUCGCCCAUAAAAUGGGCCCAACAAUGACCACCUCCAAGAAAGAUCAUGAUGCUGAAAUGACUCAGAACAAUGCCUGGCGUGGAAGAGCUGCUGGGAAAAUAAUAACUACUAUUUCUAUAUCAGUUAUGCCAGUUCUUUUUGACCGAAGAAACUCCAGCGCUUUUAAUACAAUCAAACUGGGUUAUUGGUGACUUACAGAGGAGACUCUAGGCAGGUAACUAUUGAACUUUGAAAACUGUAACAUGGACACAGAGUAGAGAGCCCAUUUACCUCAACUGGAUUCUUCUCAGUGGACUUAUCAGAAAAACACUUUGAUGAGCGCGCUUAGCGCUUAACAGCUUGAGAGCAGCUCAAACAUGUGCCAGAGGCUUGCUGAGGAGUCCCGCCCUCCAGAUUCUGCAAAUAGAUACACUGGGUGAGCCUGUAGCCCAAUUUGCCCAGGACUGUCCUGGUUAAUGCUUGCAUUCCCCUUGUGAUUAUUAAUAGUAUCUGUUGUAUCCAUACGAGCGUCCCAGUUUAGAUGAUCCUAUAGAUGGUUACUGUUGAUAAGGACCACGGCUGCCUUCUCCCUUAGCUGCCGAGCUCUUUAUAGGAUAUUGUUUCUCCUUGGCAGAAUUCAGAAAGUAAGUUUGGACCCCCUGGAAUUCUGGUCCUUUUCUUCCAGGUUUCAGGCACCGUUAUUGCAUAUGAGCUUUGAAGUCCAAAGUAACCUCAGAUAUCCCGGUUUCUUUGACUUUGGAUUUUAAGUGGGAGGGGAGUUAUGGAAGGGGUGAUUAUAUAUCAGUUCACUUAAUCCUUAUAUUUAUAUAUUAAUAGCCCAGGCUUGGUGGCUCACACUUGUAACCACAGGACUUUGGGAGGCUGAGGCAGAAGGAUCGCUGAGCUCAGGAGAUUGAGAUCAGCCUGGGCAACAUAGUAAGAUCCCCAUGUCUACCAAAAAUUUAAAAAAUUUAGCCAGUGUGGGGGCGCACAUGUGUAGUCCCAGCUACUCAGGAGGCUGAGUUGGGAGAAUCACUUGCGUCCGGGAGGUUGAGGCUCAAUGAGCCAUAAUCACGCCACUGCCACUACACUCCAGCCUGGGCGACAGAGUGAGAACCUGUCUCAAAAAUAAAAAUAUUAUCAUACCUAAUAAUAACACUCUGGGGGUAAACAUCAUUAUUCCCAUUGAUGCAUGAGAAGAGUAAGGCCCAGAGGGAAAAAAUAACCUGUCCAGAGCCUCACAAAUGGUAAACAAUAGAGUCUGGACUUGAUUCCAGAUCACUUGACCAACUGCCCUGAUUUGCAGAUCCUCUGAGCUCGACCAAAGAAAUGAGCACAUAAAAAAUCUCUCUGUGCCUGCAAGUGCGACAUUCUCAACCCUGUCUUUAAUACAACUGCCACAUCCCAGCGUUCCAUGACAGACGGUGGAGCGCGCCUAAGCCACCUUGCUUGCCAUAGGGUUUGGCUCCAUGACCUUGAUGUGAGUUCAUAGAUUUGUUUGCAGUUGUGAAAAUUAAAUGAGAGAGCGAGAUUUC